AAUAUUUAUCAGAUGUUUGUUUUGGGUCAGAAAAGAAGUUAGCGAUGGUUGAUUCUCUACUAGUCAUGCUCCUUACUUUAUUAGAUGACUGUCUAGACAGUAGGAGGUCGUGGACACGGUUCUGAGGACACAUUGGCUAAACUUUCUAACAUUUACAAGCAUACGAGUUCCUUAUUAACCAUGAUCGACUGGAGUCUACUGCUUCUGCUGAUCCUUCAUCCAGCACUUAUCUGUGUCGCUGAAACUCCAAUAUCGAUCCUGGGACACUGGACUGGCGGCUUCCAGGGUCAGGCGUGCAUCCCAAUCACCAAGGAACUUGACGGCUGGAAGGCGCAUAUCCUCUUUAGUGAAGACGUGGACUCUCUGGACAUCUGGGUGGCAGUGGCUACCAAGAUCUCCCCCAGGGAGUACUUGAUCGAGAACACGCAGUACAAAACUCAGGAGCACAUAGGGGACAGGUUGUGCUUCACGUUCAUAGGGCACGGCCUCGGGGACAUCGUGCCCACAGCCAGCGUGUACGUGGAGGGUAUGGACGAGCCAGUGGGGCUCAACACCACUCACGUGCCGACCGGUCCAACGACGCCCCCGGGUCCCACGCACGCGCUCCAUCCAGUAAGGAAGAACUACACUGACGCUUUGGGGAAAUCGAUUUUAUUUUAUGAAGCUCAGAGAUCAGGAAAACUACCAGCCAAUAACAGGGUGCCGUGGCGUGGUGAUUCCGCCCUGAAUGAUUGUGUGCCCGGUGGCUGGUAUGACGCAGGAGAUCACGUGAAGUUUGGUCUGCCAAUGGCGUCCACCACAACAGUCUUACUGUGGUCCAUUCUCAAGUUCAAGGAUGGCUACGUCCAAUCUGGACAACUAAACAACGCAAUGGACCAGGUCAAAUGGACUUUGGAUUAUUUCCUAAAAGGCUGGAACCCCCAAACAAAGCAGCUUGUCGCCCAAGUGGGAGAUGGCCGGGCGGACCAUUCUUACUGGGGUCGACCAGAGGACAUGACUAUGCCAAGACCCUGUCAGUUUAUCAACGAAACUGUUAACGGAAGUGAUAUUGCUGCUGAGACAGCUGCGGCUCUAGCUGCAGGGUCAAUAGCCUUCAAAGAAAACGGCGAUGCCGCUUACAGCACCCAACUCUUAACAGCAGCUGAGAGUCUUUAUAGUUUUGCUAAAACCCACAGGGGUGUGUUUAAAGGAUCUGCUACUUAUUAUUCAUCACGUGACGAGAAGGACGAACUUUGUAUGGCUACGCUCUGGCUGUACAGGGCCACACACAACACUCAGUACCUCCAUGACGCUUACGACUAUGUGGAAGAUCUAUGGGCCUGGGCUUUAAGCUGGGAUGAUAAAAAGGUUGCCUGCCAACUUAUACUGUACGAAGAGACGCACGAUGACAGGUUCAGCAAGGCAGUAGUUGGAUUUAUGCAGGCCUGGCUGGACGGUAUCAACUACACUCCUUGUGGCUUGGCCUGGAGAGAUAUGUGGGGUGCCAACAGAUAUGCUGCCAACUCAGCAUUUGUCGCUCUUCUGUCUGCUGAAGCUGGCAUCAACCCAUCGCAGUAUCGCAAGUGGGCAGUCGAGCAGAUGAACUACAUCCUGGGGGACAACAAGCACGAUGGAGGCUGCUACAGCUUUCAGAUCGGCUACGGCGACAAGUACCCACUGCAGCCCCACCACAGGGCUGCCUCAUGUCCAGACAGACCCGCCAACUGCAGCUUCGCCCAGCUCAACGCCCCGGGCCCGAGUCCUCACGUUUUGAUUGGCGCCAUAGUCGGGGGCCCCGAAUAUAACGACAACUACCACGAUCUGAGAAGUGAUUACAUCCUGAACGAGGUAGCGACAGACUAUAACUCAGGGUUUCAAGGAGCUUUAGCUGCAAUAGUACAUCUACAGAUGACUAAUAACUUCCCUGUAACCAAUAAUAAAUGUCCUUGUAUGGUAUAAAUCAGUGUUUCUCAAAGUGGUGUAGGAACACCCCCAUGGGUACGGGAAGACUUUGGAGGUGGGGGGUACGGUUGCAACUUAUUAACUAUUCUGAUUUUCUAAAAUACCCAUUUAUUAUGUUCUGUUAAUAAACUAUAGAGUGGUGGGGAGAAGCGAGGGGUACUCAACAUUACAAAAAUUAUAAAAGUGGUACAAAUAGCUCAAAGGUUUGGGAAACACUGGUAUAAAUUAUGACAGAAGAUCUCCAAGAUACUGAUGUACAUAAUUUUUUACAUUAAAUUGGUUUUGACAAAAUUA